AGCACUCACCUCAUUGUGCGCCAAUAUUCAAUCAUUUUUCAUCUCUGGACUACGACAAAUAAGUACCAAAAUGGACGAUAAAAAGGAGAGCAAAAAUAAUGAAGAUCUGCUGAAUUUGAAAGUAACAGGCCAGGAUGGAUCUGUGGUGCAUUUUAGGAUAAAAAAGAACACAGCUUUAAAGAAACUUAUGAAUGCAUAUUGUACCAGAGCUGGCCUUAGGAAAGAGGCUGUCAGGUUCAUGUUUGAUGGCAGUCCAGUCAAUGAAAAUGACACUCCAAACAUAUUAGCUAUGGAAGAAGGAGAUGCUAUUGAUGUAUUUCAGCAGCAGACAGGAGGUUAACCCCACAGUGCAGAAGUGCUGGAAAAACACAACUGCUGCACCACUUGGGUGUAAAAGACAUGUUUUAUCUUUGCCAAAUAAGUAGAGCCAGUAUUCCAGACUUUGUGGGACACUUUAUGAGUGGUGAAUUCCAAGGCUAAUCUUUCUUGUAGUUAUCAUUUUAUGGUUGAACCGUCCAUGGGCUCAGCUAAAAUUUAAAAAAAUAAUAAGGUAAUGGAAACAGGUGGACCAUAUUGAUUGAGAUUGUUCAGCAGAAAAGGCAGGCCCAUUGUACAAAAUAUAUACUGUUUUAGUUAAAGGGAAGCCCUGUUUCAUUGUAUCAUAUCAUUAAACUUUCACCUGUACAUGCCUCAUACAUUUACAAUAGUAACUUGUAAUUUUAGGAUCAGAUGAUAUGUUGAAAUUUAAAAGACAACAUAGUGAAAUAGAAUCCCAUUUAUAGAGGUAGUAUAAUUCACUAUGCAUUUGAAAUUUUUAGUUUAACUUACCGCUUGAUAAUUUACUUUCAGUAUGUAAUCCCUUAAGGGUUACUAGUUUUUUCUAAAAAAUGUACUUGUAAACUUACUUAGAUAUUUUUACAUUUUCCAUAUUAUUGAUCAAAUUUCUGUAAUGUGCAAUUGACCUAAUAAACGAGGAAAAUUUGUUUUGAGGAUAAAUGACUUACCUUGCAGUUUCAGAAGUUGAAAAGGAGAGCAUAAUCUACCGUCCUUAUACAGGGUUCAUACAGCCUUGAAAAGUGCUUGAAUUUAGUCCUUGAAUUUGGUUUGUGGUCUAGUGAAGUAUUCCAUCAUUUUUUCUUGAAUUUAGUCACUAAACAAUUUGUCAAAAAUGAUUUCAAAUCUUAUCAUUUUAAACUGAAUGUAGACAAUAAUUGGGAGAAGGGGAGAAACCUCUAUUUGGACACCUGAUUUUAUUCUUUUCAUGUUUCAGCAUUAAUGUUUUGAAAGACAAUUGUGAAAUAUUACUUGUCUUUUAUCUUUGGUAUGUACACUUAUAAAUGACAGUGCAUUCUCAUUUGCAUUCAAAAAGCUCUUCUGAAGUACAUGAAAUUAAAACCUAGGAAGUCCGUGAAUGUAUGAACCCUGUUAGAGCAGUAAAAUGCUAGAUUUUUCAAUUGAAUUUUAUUACUAAUAUAUUUAUACUGCCAUGUCAUUUGGUUGAGGAGCUUUGAAUUUUUGGGUCGGAUGAUAUGUUGAAAUUGAAUUUUUUUUUGUCAAUAUAAAAAUCAAUCCCUCCCAAUUCCCUAAUUUUGACAUAAUGUGUAGGGUUACAUGGCAUGCCUAUUCGUAUGAUCUGUGGUAUUUUUAAAAUACAUUUUAGAGUAUAUAAAUUACAUGUCAUGUUGCUUAAUAGUUGGAUAAGAUGAGAAAAGGUCAACAACUUGUAUGUUAAGAGUAGAAAAAUGUUUAUUUAUUUUUGAUAGUUAACUGGUUAUCACUGGUAUUUUGUAAAAUUUAACAUGUUAUUUAUUAGAAAGACUUUAAAUACACCUUGCAUUAAUGAAAAUGAAUUUUGUAGAUAGUUAUCCCAUUUCUCCUGUACCUAAAAUUCUUAUUUUAUCCUACACUGGCUGAGCUUUCAGGUUUCACUGUAUGUGGCUCCACUGGUGUUUAAUACAUCAGAAAGUUUAACUUGUUGUAUUCAGGCAGAGGUAAUUGAAAUGCCAAAAUAUAUAUGUGAACUAUUAACUCUAAGAUUGUGUUCACAGUUACAUUUUACCAACUGUGUAGGGUUAGUCUUCAGACAUUUUAUUAAAAUGAAACUAUUUUGUACUGUUAUAUACUGUAAGUGUCAGUUACAUAAAUCAAAAAUGUCAAAAAGUUUUACAAUAUUAAUCACAGUUGUGUGCUCCUUUAUAGUUGAAUUUUGUUAAACUUUCCUUAUUCCUUGUAAAAAUUCUAGACAAAAUCUGUAAUGUUACAUUUCCAGUGUUUAUGUUCAUUUGAAGGCACUUAUUAUUAUUAUUAUUAUUAUUAUUAUUAUUAUUUGGAAAUUAACACUAAAGAUACAUUAAAGCGGUAUGUAAAAUGUUUUUUUGAAAAAAUUGGCUAAUGUUAAACAUAUCUCCAGGAUAUAAAACAACACAAAAACUGUACAGUGCUAAUAAACGUUUGAAAUGGAAA